ACCCGUUUGGCUUAUAUAGAUGAACUAAGAAAGCUUGUUUCCUCAAACCACUGCUAUACUUUCUUCAAACUCUCUUUUGCUCUAUCUCUCUCAUGGCUUCUUCUUCUCCUGCUUCUCCUUGUGCUUAUAUUAAGAGAUACGAUGUCUUUCCAAGCUUCAACGGGCCAGAUGUUCGUAAAGGACUCCUCAGUCAUUUACACGAUCACUUUUUAAGGAAGGAAAUCAAAAUGUACAAGGAUGAUAAGAUGGAGAGAUGCAAUACGAUCAAACAUGAACUCGUGAAAGCGAUUAGAGAAUCGAGGGUCUUGAUGGUUUUGCUCUCGAAGAACUACGCUUCUUCCAUCUGGUGUUUGGACGAACUGGUGGAAAUCUUGAAGUGCAGAAAAGAUAAGGAACAGAUUGUGAUGCCUAUUUUCUACGACGUUGAUCCGUUCCAUGUACGCACACAGAGCGGUGACUUCGGGAGCGCUUUCGAGAAAACCUGCGAAAACCAAACAGAGGAAGUGAAGCAGAGAUGGGUCGAAGCUUUGAAAUGUGUAACGACCAUAGCUGGAGAACACUCUUGUAACUGGCCUGAUGAAGCUGCGAUGGUCCAAAAGCUUUGCACAGAUGUCUUGUACAAACUGAGAGUGGAAGCUAUUAAGGACGAAUUUAGGAAGUACGAUGUAGACAAGAAUGGUUUCAUAACUGUAGCAGAGCUUCGACGAUAUGUGUUGAUAAAAGAUGGUGAGGAAUCUACCGAUAAGAAAGCUCGUAGUAUCAUCCGAGUAGCUGAUGUUGAUGGCGAUGGUCAGCUCAACUGUGAUGAAUUUGUCGAACUCAUGACUCUUAGGAUGACUAGUGAAGAGCUUUACACGGACCAAGUGAAAGCGGAAAUGAUGAAGGAAGGCUUUAGGGAAUGCGAUGUAGACCAGAAUGGUUACAUAACUGCACCAGAGCUUAAAUACGCGUUGACAAAAGAUGGGAAGGAAAUUACCGAUAAGCAAGUUCGUAAGAUCAUUCGGGUAGCUGAUGUUAAUGGCGAUGGUCAGCUCAACUGUGAUGAAUUCUUCAAAUUCAUGAAUCUCAUGAUGGAUGCAAAGAGGAGGACUGAUGAAAGAGCUGCGACGAUCGAAAAGAUUACCACAUAUGUCUCCACCAAAAAGGAUAAAUUUAGUCAUAUGCAUGGUAAAAUAAGCUUUAUCCUGAAGAAGAAAAGAAAAACGAUUUAUGAAUGUCUUACAGAGUGAAUUUUCAUCAUGACUUGGUCCUGGUUGCCUUCUUUAGGACAUGUUUUUUACUUCUUUCCACUUUUGAUUUAGUGGUUUUGUUAAUCUCUUUAGUGUUAUGUCAAGUAUGCACUCAUGUUUUGCUCAUCUUGUGACAAUUGAUUUUCUCUCUUUGUUUUAUUUGUUUCUAUAUUUCUCUUGUUUCUUUUAAAAUAAUGUUCUACAAAACCGCAUUAAAGCGGAAGAAUGAAUAACAUAUCAAUCCUGUUAUCUCA